AUGCUGUGGAAAGAACUAAGCAGCUCACAAAUGUGGAGCUUAUCGGACUACCACAACAUGGAUGAGGUAAUUCGCUGUACCAACGAAGCAAUGAUGAGACGGCAGGUGCAAGACAAUCAGGUGGAAAUGUCUGCAGCAAAACGGGAACACCGAUUUAUGAACCAACCACAAUCGUCGUUUUACAAAAGCAGGAAAAGACUAAAACAACUCCAACUUCAAAUUCCUGACAAAGUGAACAUGUGCCUUUGCGGACUACUCUCACUUUCAUUAUCGGUUCAUUUGAUCUGCUGCAUAGAGGUGUUUUUCUCCUUGAUCCUUUUGAUGCAAUCACCAGACCUGCUUAAUGUGGAUGGAAGGUAUUUUUACUUUCUUGGAUUGCUUGAUGGUGACGGAGUUUGGCUGUUUGCAUUGCAAGUCAUCAUGUGCUCUUCUUGUGUUUUCACUGCCUUGCUGCUCUAUCUUGGCUCAAGAAACGAGAUAUCAUUACUAAUUCUACCGCAUUUGUUUUGGCAGUAUGCCUACAUCGUUGUUUCAUCAAUUAUAUCGACAGUUCUCAUGAUGCUCGGAUUCUAUAGAAAGAUGCUGCUUCCAUCAAGUAUUGUGUUGAGCUUGAUGCUUCUUAUACCAGCCGUUUUCGAGAUAUGGUGGAGCAAUUUGACAAUUUGCUACUAUCGACAUCUGACAACAAAGAAUGAGUACAAAUUACGAUCAGCUAUGGAAUCAAGCGCUUUAUCGUCGGAUUUGGUUUCUACUCCUAUAUAG